GAGAAGAAGGUCAAUUCACAGGGAGGAAAUGCAUGGUUUUAUUCUAUUUUGGCCAUAUUUUGCAUAGCUGCAUUGAUUGUUUUCUUUUGGGUCUUCUUUCUUUCUUUUGCACCGCUACAAAUUGGAAGAGAUUUUUCAAAGUUUGCAACAAAGUCACUAUCGAUUUCUUUACAGUCUUUUUGUUUUUGGCUAACGCUUUCUUUACACUCUUUACAGUCAAGGCAUCCUUUACGAUGAUGAAGCUUCAACGCAUGUGCAUGAGAUUAGUUAGGCUGCAGUGGUUGAACUGUUGAAGAACUCUGUUUGGUCGCGCAUGCCUGAAAUGGCCAUGCUUAAAAGCAAUCUGACAUGAUUUGAUGUGUAAACGUGAUGUGAACACUACUUUCUUCUGAAAUGUACUUCCCAGASAAACUUUAUCUAACACGAUAUGAUUGGAACGAUGAGACCUGCAGAGUGCAGACACGAGACAUCCUCCUCUGCUUUUUUUUUUUUUUUAUUUAUUUUUCUCUCUCUGCCGACUAUAACAUCCAAGUCGAACACCUUCAAACAAUUUCCUCUAACUAUCAAACCUCUGUAUCCUCGACGACCCGGAUUGAUAACCCAUCUUCUUGAGGAGAAAUAUUAGCUGGGUGUAAAGAUCAAGCCUCAGUAACUGCUGCAAUGGCCCAGAUUGAGAACCCAUCAUGUCAAAGAGAAAUAUUGGCCACCAAUCCAAAAUGCUCGAGCUGUAACUGGUUUUCUCCGGAGACGGGUAUCUACAUCAGCAAGCACAGAUCUAGACAGCUUCCUUCAAACCCAUUUCUUGAUGUUGUGUCCUUCAUUUUCUCACACAGUCACAAAGGGGUCUCAGCUCUUAUAGAUUCCUCAUCUGGGUUUUCCAUUUCUUAUUCGAAACUGCAGCAAAUGGUGAAAUCCAUGGGUUCUGGUCUCCAUGAGAUUGGGGUUUCUCAAGGGGAGGUUGUUUUGAUUCUAUUACCUAAUACCAUUUAUUAUCCUGUUGUUUUCUUGGGUGUUUUGUCCAUUGGCGCAAUCGCCACCUCCAUGAAUCCUCUCAGUAGCCCUGCAGAAAUUAAGAAACGAAUAAGUGAUUGCAAUGUAGUUCUUGCUUUUGCCACAUCUGGUAGAGUCGGGGAAAUUGAGAAGAUGGGUGUUCAUGUUGUUGAAGUACGGGAGAAUGCAGCCUCUGAUUCAAGUUGGUCUGAGUUUUCCUGUUUCAAUAAGCUUCUUUUGAGUGAUCCCAAUUCCUCACAUAGAGCUAUAAUUAAUCAAAAAGACACAGCAGCAAUUCUUUAUUCGUCAGGAACUUCUGGUGUUAGUAAAGGGGUUGUUUUAACACACAUGAAUUUUAUAGCCAUGGUUGAGCUUUUUGUCCGAUUCGAAGCUUCACAGUAUGAGAGCCUGGCUUCAGACAAUGUCUAUUUGGCCACAGUGCCCAUGUUUCAUGUUUAUGGCCUUUCUCUCUUCGCCAUGGGACUGUUGUCUUUGGGAUCCGCAAUUGUAGUAAUGAGGAAAUUCGAUGUGGAUGAAAUGGUCAGAGCUAUUGAUAGGUAUAAGAUAACACAUUUACCGGUUGUUUCACCAAUACUAAUGGCCUUGGCGAGAGUGAAGAGUUCGAGUGACUGUAGCCUGAGAAGUUUGAAACAAGUUUCAUUUGGAGCCGCGCCUACAAGCAAGAAAAUCAUUCUGGACUUCCUCCAGAGAUUCCCUCAAGUAGAUCUUAUCCAGGGUUAUGGAAUGACUGAGACAGCUGCAGUAGGAACUCGUGGCUUCAAUACCGAGAAAAUUAGAAAGUAUACUUCAAUUGGACUGUUAGCUCCAAACAUGCAAGCUAAAGUGGUAAAUUGGAUCACUGGUUCCUGCUUGCCACCAGGUGAGACCGGUGAACUAUGGUUACGUGGACCUGCUAUUAUGAAAGGGUACUUGAACAAUGCUGAAGCAACAUCAUCUACAAUUGAUAGAGAUGGUUGGCUGCAUACAGGAGAUAUAGCCCACUUUGAUCAGGAUGGCUACUUGUAUAUAUUGGAUCGAUUGAAAGAGAUGAUCAAAUACAAGGGGUAUCAGAUUGCUCCUGCUGAUUUAGAGGCUGUAUUAUUUUCUCAUCCUGAGAUACUUGAUGUUGCUGUAGCUGCAGUAAUAGAUGAAGAAGCUGGGGAAUUACCAGUUGCUUUUGUGGUAAAGAGGCCUGGAAGUGCACUUUCCCAAGCAGAUGUGAUCGACUAUGUAGCUCAACAGGUUGCACCUUACAAAAAAGUAAGGAAGGUGGUGUUCACCUCCUCCAUUCCCAAAUCUGCAGCGGGAAAGAUCCUCCGAAGAAGGCUUAGCAACUCCAUUUCUAACUUGAAAUCUAGAAUAUAGGGGUUGAAAGUAAAAUUUGAGAUGGUCAUUUGGAAAUUAGAUGCUAAGGCUUAAAGAUAUGCUUUAUAUAUAUAUAUAUAUCUAUAUAUAUAUUCAUGAAUGUUAUACUUUUAAUAAAGAGCCCUGGGCUCCAAGUUUUAUA